AUGAAGAAAAGAAAUGCAAAUGUAUUGGAUGGUUUGGAAAAUGUCACACAUCUGUGGUUUUUGAGCCUUCAAGGAAUCUCCAGAGUUAGAGAGUUUCCCAGGUUCAUUUCAAAGCUCAGGAACCUCGCGAUCCUUGACAUUAGAGCUUGUCACAACCUUGAGGUAAUUCCCAAUCAAAUUGGGUUGCUCAAGAAUUUAACACACUUGGACAUGUCCGAGUGUUACCUGCUAGAUCAGAUGCCCAAGGGGUUUGCAUCACUCUACAGACUCCAAGUCCUCAGUGGGUUCGUGGUUGGAGAUUUAGAGGACAUAGAUAUGUGUGCAUUAAAUAAGUUCAAAGCUCUUACCAAGCUGACAAUCGCAUGGGGAAGGGGCUCUGUACAAGUGAAAAGAUAUGAUGACAAAAAUAAACACAAUACUGCAGCAGAACAAGGAACCGGAGCUAUCAAGAAAGUGGGUCUCAAAAGUACUCUGGCAAGAACAUUUGCGUUUAAGCGAGCAUGUGUGUCAAAUGCAGAGCUUCCCUCAGAACUGAUCAAAUUGGACCUUCAGUGUUUCCCUAAGAAGGAUUACACCUCGUUGGCUGACGUCUUUCACACUGAAGAACUUAAAGAAAGUCUACAUCAGAGGAGGUAA